AUGGAGCUGUAUUAUAGUACUCCGAUGAUUGUCCAGUAUGCAGAGCGAGGCGAUGUAGCAAGUAUUAGGAAUCUGCUCGAUAGAAGAAGCCCUUUCAGUAACGAAGUAACCAAAGAGAGCAUGAAGGAAGCCUUGUUCGCGGCGUUCAAAAUUGGACAAAUCGAAAUAGUAAAACUCUUGCUAGAACGUGGAACAGAAGCCAAUAUAAAGGACGAAUUUGGGAGAACGCCGUUACAUUUGGCAUUGCAGAACGGAUGCCUAAGUCUAGUAAAAUAUUUGAUCUACAAAGGAGCUGAGGUAAACUCUAAAGAUGACUGCAAGAGAACACCACUUCAUUACGCUGCUGCAAACAAUCAAAUCGAUGUUUUACGCUAUUUGACUGAUAAGAAAGCCGACGUUGAGGCGAAGGAUAAAGACAGAGUAAGCGGACUUUGCUCUGAUGCACCAUACUUUUUUGUUGUGAUGGAAUACUGCGCAUACGGCUCGUUAAAGGAGACGAUCUAUGAUACUCGGCGACACAUCGAAGCAGGCUGUUUCUACAAGUGGAAAAAGGAAAUUGCCGAAGGAGUUUACUAUUUACACAGCAACCACUUGCUUCACUGUAACCUGAACCCUUCAAACAUUCUUAUUGAUGACACAAAUACAGUAAAAAUUUCUGACAUUUGUUCAUCGUCGAACUUGAGAGAAUUAAAUAUAUCGGGAAGCUGCAGCAUCACUCUAGGCGGGGCACCUGCUUAUAUGGCUCCUGAAGUGUUACUUACCUGCCAUUACUCCAAAAAAAAUAAUCCCGAGUUUCAACAGUUCUUGAAAGACGAGAAGAUGGAAACAAAUUUUCAGAAGGAGAUUGAGAUUGAUACGUCGAAAAACACUGAUAGAGCUAUUGGAAAAGAAAAUCGGUUUCCUAUAGAGAAGGUCAAAGCUGAAAUUACUAAAAUCUCAUCAGAAGACUGGGCCAAACGUUUAGAAGAAUGGAAUAAAUAUGUCAAACAUGAGCUUGAAAAGCUCGCUGCUACACCUUUCAGCAACGAUUUAGACGAAUCAAAUGUAUGUACUGCCAAUUGA